AUGGGAGCUGAAGAUGGCGGUUAUGAGCCCCGACUCGCAGAACAUUUUCUCAUACAACAAACAACUCCCAUAAGAUACUGUUUAAUAUCAACACCUUCGCCCUGUUGUGCUGCUCCAACCAACCACACACUUCCCUGCGAUGACCGAGAAACAACUAGAGCCGAAAUCACUAAAAGUAUCGAUGACUUAUUAGCACCAAUUCGCUCGUAUAACCACAUGGAAUCACUUCUACUCAAUAGAACUUUGGGAAACAUAUCGCAUGAGAACUUUAGGAAAGUUGCCACUGAAUCGUUGUACUAUCGUAUAGGCCCAUUGAACGAACCAAAGUUCCCCCUGAGAAAGAGGCCCGUCCCUAUAACGUGCUUGAACUUCAACACAAGUAAGGUACGACGCCAUGAAUACCUGCUCUCCGGAGACGCUGGUUCAUCUCUCAAGCUGUGGAAAGUGGGAUCACAAAGAGCAAAGACCGAAAUGCUUGGUGAUAUUAAUAAGGGUAACGGGGGACAUAAGUUUGGCAUCACAUAUGUCCAAUGGUGGCCAUUCGACGAUGGGAUGUUUCUCUCGAGCUCCUACGAUACCUCGCUGAAAGUUUGGGAUUCGAGUACACUAGAAGAAGCAUUCACGUUUGAGCUUGGGAUGAAGAUUAACAACUUUGAUAUAUCGCCUCUAGGAGACUCUUUGAUCGCCGUUGGAUGUGAUAGUACUCAUGUUAGGAUCAUGGAUCUGAGAAGUACGUCUUCUGUUCAGAGUCUGAGUGGACACAAUGGGACAGUGCUGAGUUGUAAAUGGAGCCCAACGGAUGGCAACAUAUUGGCAACCGGUAGCUCCGAAGGGGAAGUUAGGUUGUGGGACGUGAGAAAGACAAAUGCAUGUGUUACUCAAUUAGACCUCUAUAGAACAGAUAAGGAUGGUGCCAUUGCAAAGAACCAAAGUAAGAGAAUUGGGGUGUUGAAAAGUAGUGCAAAGGCCCACUCCUCAAAUUGCAAUGGAAUCUGUUGGCUGGAAAACGGCAAGACGUUGCUCACCACUGGUGGAGACGAUAAAAUCAGAGUGUGGAACCUGGAUAUACCCGGUGGUGUAAAUACGCUGCUAAACUUUGGCCAAUUUGUCAAGAACAAAUCACCCGUAUACAAGACUAUGAUUCUAAGCCCUAACUGUGAGACAGAGGUUCAAUAUCUGUGGUACCCCUCCGACAACGGAGAAAUCCUGGUCUUUAGGCUCAUGGACGGGAAGUUGAUGAACAGAUUAAGAAGAAACAUCGAAGACAACGUCAGAAGCACUUCUGUUGCAUACUUGGGCCACAACAGUGUGAAAUAUUUUUCAGGAACUGUUGAUGGAAGAAUCCUCGCAUGGGGACCAACAUCUGAGGAGACAUCAGACACCGAAUAG